AGUUCUAAAAGAUGAGUCGUGGAUAUUCAGAGAACAACAAUUUCUUGACCAAUAACAACCAAAUGGUGUUGGACAUGAUCCUUUAUCCAUUAAUUGGAAUCCAUCAGACCAUCAACUGGGAAACUGUGGCAAGGCUUGUGCCUGGAUUAACACCCAAAGAGUGUGCAAAAAGGUUUGAUGAACUGAAGAGCAGUGGAAGUUCACCUGUUGACAACCAGUAUAGUCCCCUAAUGGCUGCUGGAGAAAGUCCUGUGGAAACUUUAGCCACGUAUAUCAAAUCCUCCCUUCUUGACAUGCAGGGAGAAUUUCAGGAGACUCUGGUUGGUCCAGAUGCAAUUUCCAAAACUGGAAGACAUAGUAUAGCUUCCACAAGGAAUUGUUCUUCAGAAAGUGAAAAUUGUACUACUCGUAAUGGUGGAGAAAAGACUGAAGAAUCUGAAGGGCCAAACAUGGUGAUCCAUGUAUGUGAUGAAGCAAAAAACUUGAAAGAAGAUUUUAUUUGCCCACGAGAUCUUUUGAUAUCAGAAAUGAAGUACUUUGCUGAAUAUUUAUCUAUGGAUGCGCAGCGCUGGGAAGAGGUGGACAUUUCAGUUCAUUGUGACGUUCACAUUUUCAACUGGUUGAUAAAGUAUGUUAAAAGGAACACUAAGGAGAAUAAAGAUUGUGAGAUGCCCACUUUAGAGCCAGGAAAUGUCAUUUCAAUUCUUAUUUCUUCAGAGUUUUUGAAAAUGGAUUCAUUGGUUGAACAAUGUAUUCAGUAUUGCCACAAAAAUAUGAAUGCCAUAGUAGCUACCCCAUGCAACAUGAACUGUAUUAAUGCAAAUCUACUUACACGUAUAGCUGAUCUGUUCACACACAAUGAAGUUGAUGAUUUAAAAGACAAGAAAGAUAAAUUUAGAAGUAAACUUUUUUGUAAGAAGAUUGAGAGACUUUUUGAUCCCGAGUACUUGAACCCAGAUUCUCGGAAUAAUGCAUCGACGUUAUACAGAUGCUGUUUGUGUAAGAAACUUUUAACAAAAGAAACAGAAAGAAGAAUUCCUUGCAUUCCUGGAAAAAUCAAUGUGGAUCAACAUGGAAAUAUUAUCUACAUUCACAUAAGGGAUAAGACUUGGGAUGUUCAUGAGUAUUUGAAUAGUCUUUUUGAAGAAUUAAAAUCUUGGAGAGAUGUAUAUUGGCGCUUGUGGGGAACAGUCAACUGGCUAACUUGUUCAAGAUGUUAUCAGGCUUUUCUCUGUAUAGAAUUUUCACAUUGUCAAUAUCACUCAGAAACAGUGGUUUAUCCUACCGCAUCAAGUUCACUGAGUACUAUUGGCACUGGUAUUUAUCCCUGCUGUAACCAAAAGGUUCUUCGGUUUGAUCCCACUCAGCUUACAAAGGGCUGUAAAGUGAAGGACCACAUGGCUGCUCUUGAGGAUCAAGGUGAAGGUGGAGAUUUGCCGUCCUGCCCAACUGCUAAAAUACUGGACGAUCUCCACAAACACAAAGAUGUCAUCGUUGUGCCUUUUUCUAAAGAUACGGUUAGUGAUUCUGGGGUUGGUCCCUGUGAUGAGAAGAGUCUAGAUUGUGAUGUUUUACUGGAGCCAAAUACACCAUGGGGCCCCAAAAGUGUGGAGCUCAAUGCUUUUUUGUCACUGAAAAAUUGGACUCUGCAACUGAAACAACAAUCGUUAUUUUCAGAAGAAGAAGAAUAUACCACUGGAUCUGAGGUCACUGAAGAUGAAGUUGGAGAUGAAGAAGAAAUAUCCAAGAAACAAAGGAAAAAGGAAAAGCCAAAGAAGUUCACAAAACAACCAAAAAAGCAGAUGUCUUCACCCUGUGGUCAGAAGAAAGAAAAGGCCCUAGAGAAGUCAACUUCUAGAGAUGUGUCUCCUUUCAUUGUGAGCAUGCAGAAGAAUAAAUGGGAUGCCACAAGAUCCUUGAGAUUCAACCAGGAUGCACAAAGGGAAGAUGAUCAGCGACGGAUGUCUGAAAUUACAGGGCACCUUAUAAAGAUGAGAUUGGGUGAUCUGGACCGAGUCAAGUCAAAGGAAGCAAAAGAAUUCGCAGGAGGUAUUUAUUCCAGACUCGAAGCGCAAAUCAAGGCCUCAGUGCCAGUCACUACACGGCAAAGCAGCUCAGAAAAAAAUACAAGGUCUAAAAGCCGUUUUGGUCCAGGGCGUCCUGCAUAAAGCACCUUAACUAUGACUAAAAAGAAGACAGACCUCUGGACAUCUGAAAUCGCUCACUUCUUGAAGAUCUUCAGAACAAUGACUUCUAAAUGUUUUAAGUUAUUUGUUAAUUAUUCUUGCAAACUACAUAAAUCAUAACACUGAGGGAAACACAUAGUUAGGCCUUCUGGAACCUAAAAUUGUAAAUAUGAAACUUCUUAAAUCUGAUUUUCCUUUAAUGUGAUACUAGGCUAUAUAGAAAAUUAGCAUUUACAAAUUUGCAUAGUUAAGACUCCUUAUAUUUGUUAUCCUUUAUUUAUUUGAAAGAGAGGAUACCUAAACUCUCAAGUAGCUAAGACUUUUUGAAACCUUAAAAAAUUAAGGGACCACAGC